AUGCAACUGUCUGCCCAGUCGUUCACCCAGGCCUGCCGUGAAGGGGGCCGCCAGAUCGAAAGCUGGCUGCGCGUGGUGGACCGCGAGCACGGCGCGCGCUUCUACCGCGAGGCCGCCACGGCGCUGCGCAGCUGGCAAGUGGCCGAGGACGUGGUGCAGGACGCCAUGAUCAAGGUCUGGCAGCGCUGCGCGACCUUCCGCGGCGCGGGCGACCCGAUCGCGUGGAUCCACCAGAUCGUGCGCCACACGCUGCUCGACACACUGCGACAGCGCAGCCUGCAGGCGCCGCGCGAGCAGGCGCUGCAUGACGACGACGGGCAACUGACGCCGCAGGUCGAGGCCGCCGUGGGCCAGCUGUCGCAGGACGCCGUCGCGACACCCGAGGGCGCGCUGGCGGAGCACCAGGUCGAAGCGGUGUUCCGCCACUGCUUCGACCGGUUCGCGGCCGCCCACCCCGAGCAUGCGACGGUGCUGCGCUGGGUGGUGGAGGACGGCCUAUACAACGCCGACAUCGAGGCCCUGCUCGAACGCAGCCCCGGCGCCACGCGCGAGUUCAUCUCGCAGUGCCGCAAGAAGUCGCGGCCCUUCUUCGCGCCCUGGUACGCGCUG